UGGGAAUCAAUUUUGUCGACCUCUUUGAUCCUUUCCCCGUCCCAGUCAUCAAAACUCCAAUUCUUCCAAUUCGCCGAAGAAAAUGCUGUCUUUACUCGGAAAGUAAGUAAAGCUCAAUCAAUCAAAUCUUGCACGCCAACUACUUGAUUCCGUCCUCUGCUCCACUUCUCAACUGAAUCAUCUCUCUUCCAGUACCAGCAAUCCCUUUCGGUAAUCUAACUCAACCAAAACUCCUAUUUCUCGCUCUGUGCUUCAGCUUUACAAACCACUCGAACUGGGUUCUCGCUGAUUCAUCUUAAACUCUCUGGGUUUGUGUCUUCCCGACGAGCAGAAACCUGGUCGCCGGAGCUGGGAAUUGGCCGAUCAAUGGCGGAAUUCGUGGUGGGUCCUCGCCUCUACAGCUGCUGGAACUGCAGAAAUCAUGUCUCACUGCACGAUGAUAUAAUCUCGAAGGCUUUCCAGGGGAAAAAUGGCCGAGCUUUUCUCUUCUCUCACGCGAUGAACGUUGUUCUGGGUACCAAAGAGGAUCGGAACCUGUUGACCGGCCUCCACACCGUCGCCGACAUCUACUGCGGCGAUUGCCGUGAUAUUUUGGGCUGGAAGUACGAGAGAGCCUACGAGGCUUCCCAGAAGUACAAAGAAGGCAAGUUCAUCCUUGAGAAAUGCAAGAUUGUCAAGGAGAACUGGUAGCAAAAACUAAAACUAGACAGAGCACUCUGUUUCAAAGGAUUCUGUUUUGAGUAUUAGGAAUUUCCAGAUUGGUGAUUUGUUUAUAAAUAUGUUCGUUCAUCAUUCUUCCCAUGUCUAAAAAUAGCUAUUCGAUUUGGAUUUCUCAUGUGUAAAACUGUAAAUACAACUCUGAUUCACCACCCCAAAAGUCUUGUUCUGUACCUAAGACUGUUGUGUGUGAUGUUCUAGUAAUUUGACAGAAGAAAUGAAGUGUCUUUCAAUCUUCA